AUGGACUCUUCACCUCUUCAAUCUGGCGAUUUGUCAUUGAAUGAAUUUCAAUAUCCAGCUCCCUCUUCAAACAUGUUUUCCCUAGGUUCUCCACUAUAUUCUACCCCUCUUGGUAAUAUCUGUCCAGAGUCUUUACAAUAUUCGUUGAAUUCUAGUCAAAACUCUACAAAAGAUAUCCAUUCUCAAGAAGCUUCUUUAUUCUCUCCAAACUCCGUUAACCUUGAUGAUUUCAAUUCUAUUGAGCCUUUAUACUAUUCACCAAAUUCUGUCGAAAGUUCUGCUGAAGAUAUUAAUUCUCCGGAUGCUCUUUCUCCACUAAAUUAUAAUAUCUUUCAAGAUUUGAAUGUUUCUCCAACUAGUUCUGUAUUGGCCGACUUUGAUAAUCACUCUUCUUCAAUGGAUGAUACAUUUAAUACUUAUGAUACCUUAUUACCCCCCGAGUUCAAUCUUAACUCUCCAAAAAACCAGUAUGAAAAUAAUAGAAAGCGAGCUUCUGUUAUAUGUGACUCGAAUUCUUCCGACGAAUUUUCAAAAAAGAAACGUAAAUCUACAAACGAAACUGAUAAAUUUGUAAAAAAGUCCAAGCCUACAAAAAAAAUUAAUUCUUCUAUUAAUCAUAAAAAUUCUGAUGAUUCUUUGACAUCAAAAAUGCGGUUAAAAUCUUCUUCAAUUGAUGUUGAUACUAUUAAAAAGAUUUUGGCUUCUUUGUUUGAAACAACGAAUCAAUCCGCCGAAUCUUCUGAUACCAACUCUGUCCAAGAUCAUCAUUCCGAAGAUGAAGAAGGCAUGUCAUGUGACGAAAAUACAUCCUCAGGCACAAAGUUACCAACUUCUCCCGAAUCUCCGAAUUCAACUUCUCAGCCACAACCAAACUCGAAAAAGCUAACAAAUAAACAACAAAAAAAGGUUGCUCAUAAUGUGAUUGAACGUCGUUAUCGAAAUAACAUUAAUGAUCGAAUUAAUGACUUAAAAAAUGUGGUUCCGGCACUUUGCCAUUUGAAAAGCAAAGAUGAUGACGUAAUCGAAGAAGUAGAUGGCAUCCCUGCUGCAACAAAAACCAAUAAAGCUACUAUUUUGACAAAAGCAACCGAAUACAUUUUGUAUUUAAAAAAGAAUAACGAAAGAAUCAAAAAUGAAAAUACAAUCCUAAAAAAAAUUAUUGAAACUGUUCCUGGUGGUGCCGAAUUAUAUUAUUCCUUAAACAAGAAUGAUGACAAACUUACUCCACCGGAUACUCCUCCUCCUUCUGAGGUUGAAACUCCGUAUCAAAAUAAAUCACCUUCUGGAAACAGUGGCUCAAGAGUAUUGUUGGCUCUGUUCAUGUGUAUGAAUUUUUUUACAGAUCCAUCGAAAUAUGCUCAAUCAACAGUUUCACAUCAUCAUCAUCACGAUGAAGGACGUGUUAUUGCUAGUAAUGAUUCAUUACAUACUACUGAAUCGGCAAUUACAAAUGAAAUUUAUAAUUCUAUCGUAACGAUCGAUAUUUGGUAUUUGGCCAGGGUCUUUACAUUUCUAACGUGUUUUACUUAUAUCGUCUGGCCAUCUUUGCUUUCAUUCAAAUCACAUCGAUCUCGCAAAUCUGCUAUCCAGUCUUGUUUAGAAACCAAGGCAAAAGAUGUAACAGAGCUUUACUCAUCUUUUUCAUCCCUUACGAAUACUUCGUCAAUGAAUACUUUGGGUUAUGUAGCUGGUCUUUUUAUCGAAUCUUUAAGAUUAUUUUUAAGAAAGGUUUUAGGCUGGGAAAUUUCUUUUGGUUAUACUGAUGUAGAUAUGGAUGAAAGAGUAUUAGAAGUUGAAUUAUGGAACCGACUUGGUGAAGCAGAAUUAUGUGGUGUCUUAUACACAUGCCUUCGAACAAUUAACCUUUUGGAAAGUCCUUACACUUAUAAUAAGAGCAUGCGCAUCAGUCCUUCUCGUAUAUACGCAAAUGCUGCAUUGCAAUGUCAUGUUGUUCUUCGUUCAGUACCUUUUCUAUCCCGUAGAAUUGUACCUUAUUUCUGGAAAUUGGCUAUUAAAGAAAAGGCUUGUUCCAACUGUAGAGAAAAGUGGCUUGAAGUCGCACUUAUUAACGAUAAUAAUAAUGAUAUUUUGAAAAGUGUAGCUAACAGGAUCAGUGAUCAUAUCUUUCAUUUAUCGAAAAAAGAAGAAACAUUUAAACCCAUGAUCAACACAACUGUUCCACUUGUUUAUGUUUCCGAAGUUCAAGCUCUCUUCCAUAUCAAGGAAGCCUUUUCCAAUCUUAUUUCUGAACGACAUGACGUCAAUAAAGUUCAAAAGAAGAAAUCCAAAUUUACCUUUCACGAACUUUUUGGUAUUACCACACCUGCUUCCCCAAUGCAUUGGUAUGCAUUGGUUGGAUGUAUUAUCCAAGCUUUUUAUGAGGGAAAAAAUGAUCUUGGCGUAAAACUAUUAAACAAGUUAAAGGAAGAAUCAAAGAAUAAUAAUAAAGACGACUUGGAUAAGCAGAUUAUUACAAUGGGUUUACUCUCUCGAUCGCUCUUGAUUUGUGGUAAACUUGAAGCUUCUAUUCAUUAUGCUGAUAAAGUUGUCAAUUAUGUAACUUUACGAAAGAAUAAGGAAAUGGAAACCACUGAAGACGACAAAGAUUUCUUUGUUAGAGAAAUUGUCAAAGAUAUUGAUAAUUUGGCAGAAUUUUGUGUUGGAUGGAUCGUUUUAGAAACAAGAAUCGUUAUACUAGGAAUUGUCGGAAAUGUACUAUCAAAGAACAAGGAUAAAGCUUUACCAAAUGUACUGGGUGAGAAAUAUAUGAAAUCAUCCAUUGAUAUUUGGGCUCGUUAUCUACGACGAUCAUCAAAAUUUGAUGUGUUUGAUAGUAUUCCAAAGUUACGAUCAAGUUUUAUAAGAAAACUUGACGAUGUUGGAAGGAUUAUAGCUGGCAUAGAUGAAAUUGACUCUGGGUGUGAUUGCGAUGAUUAUGAUAAACAAAACAAUAGUGAAUACAAUGCUACAAGAGCUUUACGUGUCUUAAAGGGCAUGUAA